UUUUUAAUAAUAUUCUCUUCUUCAGAAGCAAUGCCACCAAAGAAAAGAAGCAAAAAAGGGGAACUCGCAGCAGAUGAGCAGUCCAGUUCCUCCAGCACAGGGAGAAAGCGAAAGCGAGUGACUCCUACUCAACAGACAGAGACUGUGAUGCAGAGUGCUCUGCCAACCAUUGACUACACACUACUGGCAAAACACAUAUUAACUGAACAACAGAAAUUAACAUCCAGUGAGAAUGGACUUGCUGAGGCAACCGUGAGCCAACAUGGGGAAGCAUCCACAUCAGUUAUCCAAAACAAGGAGCCACAGUCCAGCAGUGAGCUAGUUAACCCUGCAGCAACUACGAGUGUUACAGAUGGUACCCCACAAGCUAGUGCCAUGGUCCCAGCCUCUGCACUUGGUGCACUUCUGGACAAUGUUUUUACAGGUGAGCCAGCAGGCAGUAAUUCUGACACUAAUCCACAAAUUCAAUUAACAGAUUGCGUGCCUCUUGGGGCUACAGUUUCCUCCAAAUUAAAACUUAAAAUUUGGAAUAAUGAAUUUGUUGACCUGAAACUUCUUUUACCCAACUCAAAUGAAGAGCCCCUUUCAAUUAUGGUAAAAGCUGGUAAAAUUGAACUGCAGCAAACAUCAUCAAAUAAAAAUCCAAUAACAAUCCAUCAAUGGACAGAUGCAUUUUUGAUAUUUAGUACCAUAUAUCUACAGAAAUUCCCUCAGGAGGCAAGCAAUCUGUUGAAAUAUAUGUUUACUAUUCGUGACAUAAGCAAGCUCCAUGGUGAGCAAGCAUGGAGGACUUAUGAUGAGUCUUUUAGGAAAAUUAGGGAGACAUCCCUCUUACCAUGGGAAAGAGUAGUAACAGAGUUACGGUUAAAGGCAGCCUCUGUGGGAAUUAGGUCUCCAAACAAAUUGCAAGGGAGUAGUGGCAAACGACAGCCUUUUCGUCCCAAAUACUGCUUCGCGUACAACAAAGGGCAAAAGUGUAACUCCCACCCUUGUAGAUUUUCCCAUACCUGCCAAGACUGUCAUGGUCCCCACCCCCGAGUUCAAUGUACAGGCAUACGGUCCAACUCAUCUUCCUCAAUUAGAAAUGGCAGUAGCCCUUCCAACUCCAGUAAACCCAGUACAACUCAAAAGUGAGUUAGAAGGUUAUGAAAAAGAAAAACUGAAUUUUCUAGUUUCAGGGUUCACAUUUGGUUUCCGUUUAGGGUGUGUCAAAACCCCUUCCAUUCACCCUCCUCAUAAUCACAAAUCAACCUAUGAACACCCAGAUAUUGUAGAUGACUAUAUUAAUGCAGGUUUAAGUAGGCAAAGAAUUUCAGGCCCAUUUACACAUCCACCCCUACCACUUUUUAAAACUUCUCCAUUGGGGGUUGUCCCUAAAUCUGAACCAAAUAAAUACAGAAUUAUUCAUGAUCUUUCUUUUCCAGCCCAGGAUUCAGUCAAUUCAAAUAUUCCUAAAGAAUGUUCUGAAGUUCAUUAUGAUUCAGUUGACACUGUUGUAGCACUGGUACGUCAGUUUGGGAAAGGUUCUCUUAUGGCUAAAUCAGAUAUUAAAGAUGCCUUUCGAAUUAUACCAGUACAUCCGUCUGAUUAUCAUCUUUUGGGUUUUACAUGGCAAGGUCAAUUUUAUUAUGAGCGUUGUCUGCCAAUGGGGGCAAGCAGUUCUUGUCAAUUAUUUGAACAGUUAAGUACAGCUCUUCAAUGGGUAAUGUUAAACAAACUGAAGGCUUCAGGCAUGUCUCAUAUUUUGGAUGAUUUCUUUUUCAUUGGGCCUCCAAACUCACAGAAAU